UGCCUUGGUAUGCCAGUCAGCGGCACUUUGGUAGCGAUCAAUGAUCUUUAGUCAAUUUCGGCAUUAACGCGCUAAUGCGCGGCAAUAAUUGUGUCGAUCCGAACGAAAACGUGUUAAGUGUAAAAUUUAUGUGUUAAAAAUUUGUAAAAAUUCAAAAUUUGUUUUAUAAAUGUAAAUAAAAUAUAAAAGUGACUGAAAAACAAAAUUAAAAUAUUAAAAAAUUAUUUAUUAAAAUAGAAGUAAAGUGUGUUAAUUCGCGGCUUAGUAAAGCUGCGUGUUUAAAUCGUUCGUUUUCAAGGCAAUCAAUGGCAAAAGCCUUUCAUUUACCGUUACAAAAUGUGCGCAAGAAGCUACAGCCAAGCGUCGCAGCGUCCAACUGUGCCGUCAUUGUUGUUGUGGUCAUAUUAAUUUUCAUGCCGCCAUUUUUCGCACGUGUCUCAGCCUUCCAAAUCUGCGACGCCGAUCACUUCGAGUGCCGCGACGGAAGUUGCAUCUUACAGGAGAAGAUGUGUGAUGGACGUCAUGAUUGUCCGGACCACUCGGACGAAAUGAACUGUGAAAUGAAGAUGUGCCGCAAGCCGGAUUGGUUUCAGUGCGCCAAGCCCAAUGGACCCUGCCUGUCGUCAGAAUUAAUUUGUAACGGUAUCGAGAAUUGUCCGGGUGGCGAAGAUGAAUUGGACUGCGUUAGCUCGUCUAGUUCCUGGGGCAGCGGCGGUGGAAAGGAUAUUGCGAAGAGCGGCGAUAUCGGCACUGGCGGUUGGUAUACGAAAAGGAACUGCAGCGCCUUCGAGUACACUUGUCACACGGAUAAAACUUGCAUACCGCUGGACUUUAUGUGCGACGGCAAGAGCGACUGUCACGAUCGUUCCGAUGAGGAGGAUGGCUGUGAGCGUGCCAGAAAAAGUUGUCAAGGCUUCUUUUGCGAUAAUAAGAAAUGUUUGGAGAGCAAGAAAUGGGUCUGCGAUGGCGUUGAUGAUUGCGGUGAUGGCAGUGAUGAACGCAAGUGCGGCGUGAACUGCACAUUGGAGCAGGGUAGCUACCUAUGCCGUGACAAUUCCAGCUGCUUAAACAUCGAUGCAGCCUGCAAUGGCAAGAUGGACUGCGCGGACGGCAGUGAUGAGUCGCCUCUUUGCUCAUCCACCAGCAACAAUUGCAGCACGAAAGCUUGCCCGCCAGCAGCGAUCUGUAAAAUGCUACCUGAACAGGGUGCUCAAUGCAUUUGUCCCAAGGGUUAUCGCAUGUCAAUGCUAGAGAACGCAUGUAGAGAUAUCGAUGAAUGUCUGGAGAUCCAUGGCUUGUGCUCACAGGGUUGUCAGAAUAUGCGCGGCUCAUAUCAUUGCACCUGUGAUGUGGGUUAUGUGCUGAAGGCGGAUAAUCACACCUGUGUGGCGUACGGUGGCGACCCAUUGCUGCUCUACACGACACAAAUGGCUGUAAUGGGUGUACAUUUACGCGAUAAAUUAGUAUAUGCGGUGGCAAAGAAUUUAACCAAAGUGAUCGGUGUAUCCUUUGAUGGUCAAAGUAUAUAUUGGACGAAUAUACAGAAUGAGGCGGAGAGUAUUGUGAAGGCGAACGCCGAUGGGACAAAUCAGGAGAUUCUACUCACUGCGGGCUUGGAUGCACCAGAAGACUUGGCGGUCGAUUGGCUGACAGACAAUAUUUACUUCUCGGACAACACGAUGCAUCACAUUGCGGUCUGUACCAAUGAUGGUCUCUAUUGUGCGGCGCUCGUCACCGUCGAUGUGCAUCAACCGCGCGGUAUAGCGCUCUGGCCGCAGCGUGGACAAAUGUUCUGGACGGAUUGGGGUCUGAAGCCGAUGAUAGCGCGCGCAUCAAUGGAUGGUAGCAACUCACUGCCACUAGUCACCGAGAACAUACACUGGCCCAACGGCAUCGCCUUAGAUAUGCAUAAUAAUCGUAUCUACUGGGUGGAUGCCAAGUUGGCGACCAUGGAGAGUACGCGGUCCGAUGGCACCGAUAGGCGUCGCAUACUCGACGGUAUAAUGAAACAUCCUUAUGGUUUAGCAGUCUUUGAAGACAACUUAUAUUGGUCGGAUUGGGGUACGAAAAGUGUACAUAAGUGCAAUAAGUUCACCGGCAAGGGGCAUCAAGUGGUUACCAAAGAUCGUACCAUCUACGCGUUGCACAUUUAUCACAGCGCCAAACAGCCGAAGACCGAUCAUGCAUGCAUGCGUCUUCAUUGCUCUCAUCUGUGUUUGCUCGCUGAAAACGAGAGCGCAACGUGCGCCUGCCCCGAUGGCAUGCAGUUGGGUGCCGAUCAUUCGCGUUGCAUGAAAAUACACCAGAAACAACGUCUCUUCAUUGGUGUAAUGAAUUCUUUGCUCGAAAUGGAGCAUACGAAGUUUGGCCGCCAUACUAUACUACAGACUCACCAGUUACCGAUCUAUAUCAGCGAGAUGGCGUACAAUAAUGUCAAUGAGAAGAUUAUUAUAGCAGAUAAUGUGCAUCACACCAUCUAUCAGUUUGAUUUGUUGACCAACAACAUAUCAGUGCUGACGAAAGAGAACAUCGGAAACAUAACGUCCAUUGGUUUUGAUCACUUGUCACACAAUGUAUACUGGGCCGAUGCUGAACGUCAUGUGGUGGAAGUAUACUCUCUGCAGACACAUCAACGUGCAAUGGUCAGCUUUUUCGCCGGCUUGCAAGUCCCAAUAGCGCUAGCUGUGAUACCAGAGGAGGGCAUCAUGUUUGUCGCGUUACGCACGCGUAGGUAUGUACACAUCGAUCAAUUGCCGCUGGAUGGUCGCGGUCCGCAUACCCACGCAUUUGAGGACGAGCUCGGCGAUGAUGAUUUCAAGUUUACCACAGAUUUCGAAACGAAAAGGCUUUACUGGUCCGAUAGCGAGUUGGGUCGCAUCUCCUAUACCGACUACCGCAGUCUGCAUGACAUCACAUUUCGUACACUGCUUAAACGUCCCUACUCACUGGCUUUAGUAGAAGAUGACCUCUUUUGGACGGAGUUACGUUCGUCGGCAAUACAUUGGACGUCCAAAAAUAAUAUGGGCGCGCUGAAGCUCAUCGAAAUUCAAGUAACCCGACCGGCUUAUACACACGUAUUACCCACGCGCAUACCGCUAUUAGCUAGUCGACCGGCCUCAAUGCUGGAUCAUCCGUGUCAGCAUAAUAAUGGCGGAUGUUCGCAUGUUUGUGUGACCGCUACAAAGUAUGUCAGUGCAUGUUUAUGUCCGGCAGGUUUGGUCUUCCGCGAUAUGACCAACACUAGCUGUAUAGAGGCGCUGGACUGUGAAUUCCGCUGUCAUUCGGGCGAGUGCUUGACACAAUCGCGACGUUGUAAUGGACGCAAGGACUGUCCGGAUGGUUCAGAUGAGUUGGGUUGUGAUGCAGGUAGCACUAAAUAUCGCAAAGUGGUUUGUUCCAUUGGCGAUUUCGCUUGUCAUGAUGGUACACAGUGCAUUAGUAUGGAACGUCGUUGCGACGGCACUAAAAACUGUCGUGAUGAAUCGGAUGAAACGCAUUGUGAAAAAUUCGAUAAGGACAAACGUUGCCAUGAACAUCAGCAUGCUUGCGAUAAUGGCAAUUGCGUGGAUCAGAGCGUUAUGUGCGAUGGCUUCGAUGAUUGCGGCGAUCGCUCGGAUGAGUUGAACUGCAAAUCGAAUCCCACGCAAACGACUGGGGAUCUACCGGUAUGUCCAGCGAAUAUGUUCCAGUGCAACUCGGGCACCUGCAUUGCUCAAAGCUGGGAAUGUGAUGGAAAACUAGAUUGCACAGACGCUUCGGAUGAGCACGAAAAAUGUGGCAUUAAAGAAUGCCCCGCCGCUAUGCACAAAUGUAUGUUGGGUCAAUGCAUCGAUCGACGACUCGUUUGCGAUGGACACAAUGACUGUGGUGACUAUUCGGAUGAAUUGAAUUGUGACUUCGUGACUGGCAAGCAGCGUAAUUUCACCUGUGGCACACCAAACCACCCAAUGUACCAAUGUUCGAGCGAUACGAGUAUUUGUCUUGAGUUAAGCAGUCGUUGCAAUGGCACUACCGAAUGUCCACGCGGUGAGGAUGAGGAAAAGUGUGGAGUAGUUUGUAGCAUAUACGAAUUCCAAUGCAAGUCCAACGACGAAUGUAUACGUAUGGAAUUCCGUUGUGAUCGCGACAAAGACUGCGCUGACGGCUCAGACGAAAUGAACUGUGAACAUUAUAAAAAUACUACCACCGGGUUUGGUUCGACAAUGAGCAAACUGAAUGAACGUGCAUGUGGACCGAACAUGUAUGACUGCCGAGAUGGACAAUGUGUCGAAAUGUCACGUGUUUGUAAUGCUUUCGAAGACUGUGACUCGGGUGCCGAUGAAGGACCACUCUGUGAUACCGCCUGCAGUGCUGUGUCUAAUCGGCCGAUUUGUUCACACAAAUGCCGUCCGACGCCGAUGGGUGCAGUAUGUUCCUGCUUUCCCGGUUAUCGCUUGGAUACAGAUCAGCGCACGUGCUUAGAUAUUAACGAGUGUGAAGAUGGUGAGCCAUGCGCGCAGCUAUGUGAGAAUACGCUCGGCUCAUACCAUUGCAAAUGCUAUCCGGACUUUAUGUUGCGACCCGACAAGACCACCUGCAAAUCCAUCGAAAGUCAGACAUCACUCAUGUUCACUACAUAUAACGAAGUGCGUAGCAUGACAGAACAGCCCAUCACAUUGCGCGUCGCUUGGGCGGUGAACGACUCGAAGAUCGCCGGCUUCGAUUUGAAUGUACACAAACGUAUAGCUUACUUCACCACCGAUGUCGAGGAUGUGUUGUACAAAGUGGAUAUGGAGAAAGGUGUGGUUAUGGCUGGCCUAUAUGUGCCGACACCCACAAAAGUUGCCGUUGACUGGAUAACAGAUAACGUGUAUGUCAUCACGCGUGGAUCGCAAUACGGCAUAAAGGUGUGUUCCUUCAGCGCCAAAAUGUGCGGACUCAUAGCACAUGCCAAUCCACGCGAAACCAUACGGGCGCUCACUGUUGACGCGCUGAGUCGUCGUCUCUUCUAUGUGACUGUACGUGCACAAGCAUUUAGCGCACCCACUUCGUUGCUCAUGAUGUCCCACUUAGAUGGCAAGCAAACUGUGACGCUGUUACUUAAAAGGGGUGGCUACAUCACCGCCCUAGCUUGCGAUCCCUACAAACGUCAACUCUACUUUGUUGACAUGCAUACAAAGACAUUGCAAGCGUUGGAUUACAAGACCGGCAGCAAACAUAUGCCACGUACAAUCAUUCAGAAGGGCAAUGUCAUCAUGCAUCCAUCCGGUUUGACGGUCUAUGAAAAUCAAGCCUACAUAGUGAACAUCGGUUCGAAGGAGGCGGUGAAUUGUCAACUCUUCGGUGUAUAUGACUGUAAAGCGUUCAAUUUGAAUAUACUGAAUGCUGAAGAUGUUGUUGUCGAUGGCGCUACACGUCAACCGCAUGCUAUAAAUCCCUGCAACAUGGCUAAAUGUCAUGGAUUGUGCGUACAAGCCGACUACGGUUAUGAGUGUAUGUGUGGCGAUAAUAUUGUGAGCGAACAUGUGCGCUGUGCGAAAGAGUAUACAAAUGAGAUCGUAUCCAGCGCCCUGCUGGACUAUAGUUCACACGCCGAGGAGCACACUUCGUCUACGCAUACCGCAGUUACAAUUAUUUUGGUGUUUUUAAUAUUGGCCAUGCUGUGCGCUGGUUUUGGGUACUUGUACUAUCGUCGCUUCUCUCAGGGUCAUCGCGAUUUCAAUAUCAACCUGCAUUUCCAGAAUCCACUAUCUGCAUUCACUGGCGGCAGUGGAAAAUCUGCAGGCAGCGUGCAGCAGCAAAGCGGCAUCAGCAGCACAACCGCCUCUUUUGAGGGAGACAUUCAGGGCUUCGGCGCGGAUGGAGGGCACGAGAAACGGCAAUACGUUCCGCCGAUUUAUCGAUUUUUGCGCAAAAGCGGGAACAGUUCGCCAUCGGGUGCGGAAAUACUUCUCGAAGCGGCAGCGCCAACCGCCGAAACAGAAGGGUUUCCGCUACCUCAACGAACGCCCAGCGUCCAAAUGGAGCGAGAACCUUUUUACGCCACCGCUGGUACAGUCCGAGUUCAGCAUGGUGAUGAUGAUGCCACAGCAGAACUUGUCGCCUAGAUAAACGGAGCAUUCGCCAACUGUCUCAAAAUAUUUCUAUUUUAAUUUUUUAUAAUGUUUUUUCUGGAUUUUCUUGCAGAAUCUACAAGCGAUUUUGAAUUAUUCAGUUACCAUACUGUUAUCCACAUAUACUUUUUGCAUGUUAUUAUUGUAUUUAUUUGUAUUUAUUUUUGUAAAAAAUGUAGUUUGUAAAUAUUUUUUGCUAAGCUUUCUAUGCUUGUUAUUUUUGUAAGAAUAUUUAUCGCUCAGCCUAAUUAGUACAAAUUAUUAGUCAUAGCAAAAAUACAACAGUCAAUUUCAUACGAUUAGGUGCACAUAACUGUUGGUUGGUUGGUUGUUCGCUUUAAAUUUGCUUUAAAAUAAUUUAUGAACUCUUUUGUUGUUGUUUGUUGUGUUUUUGAAAAAAUAUUCGCUGUCCCUGAAAUGUCUUUUGGAAAACAAGUUUCGAAAAUGUAAAAUGAAAAAAAAAUAUAAAUAAAAUAGCAGUAAAACGCAAAAAUUUUCUAAUAACUA